CGCGCUCCUUGUCUACGGAGCCUCCAUUGCGACACGGACAGGCAGCCUCGCUGCUUUGGAGACACGGACACUCUUCAAUAAGCGAGAUCAAUUCAGCGACGGCGCCACGCGCGCUCGACGGCGGCUACGGCGUUGUAAAAGACGAUAGUCGUCGUCAGGACAUCAUACAUCCUCAAUAUCGACUUGGUUGUGAAAAGAACGACGAAGGCCGAGUCCCCGGUCUCAUCCUACCCUUCACGGCCUACAGCGACGACGCCUUGGUACUAAGCAAGCCCACAAUGCACCACACCAUUGACAAACACGUCAGUGACUACCCACAGUAUCACGACCACAGCAGCAGCACUGACAUCGGCGAGCUAAAGAGAGAUCCGAACGAUACUGGAAUGAUAGCGACCCCAAUCUACGAGCUGGAUCCAGACAUGAUGGGCAUGCUUGCUAACAAUUGGAACCUGAACGCCGAUCAGCCACAGACACCCGUGGCUGACUGGAGCUACGAUCCAGCGCCUGCCAAUUCUCAGCCGCUCUACGAUCCGAACGCGCUCAUGGUGGGCGAGAACAACCAGCCUGAUUCCGCGAUAGUGACGCCGACUACGAGCACCAUGGGCAUGACAAUCUCGGCGCUGAGCUUCUGUAGCGGUGGAUCCAUGAUUAACAGCAACAGUAUGCAGCAGCCUAUGAAUCCUCCAGUGGAUCCGUUCAUCGGUGUGGACAGCAAUUUUGUGAUGCCGUACCAGGCUUGCGAGACUCUGCCUACGCCUUACAACAGAGGAGCCACGUACAACCCCCAGUUUGACGGCGCGAAUAUCAAUGCCGCAGGGAUGAACCAGUGUGCUUUGAAUAGGGAUCACCUGGUCGACAACCAGUUGAGAGAGAACUCGGUUCCAUACUUCAGCAGCAACAACACACCACAGACCAUGAUGGAUAUUCACCCUACGUUCCAGGACGUCAUGGGCAAUAAUGCGCUAUUAAACGAGGUGGCCCACCCGCCUGCUGCCACCUUGGCGGCAAUGAACGGAACCGCAAUCCCCGAAUUGGCGUUGCUGGAGGACGAUGAUAGCGACUGGAACGGAUCCUCGUCUGGUUUUUCAGCGGUAGGAUCAUCGCCACUGGCCAAUAACGCCAUCCCAACGGAUACGACACAAACGAACGUUGUCUCGCAGCUAGCGCCGUCUCGGAUGAAGGUAUCAACGAACACGGACGGAAUCAAGAAACCCAAGCGGAUACGCCGGCUUUGCUCUGUCGCUGGGUGCGGCAAGCGUGCACGAUCACAAGACUUGUGUAUUGCCCACGGCGGUGGCCGUCGAUGCAUGGUGGAAGGAUGCGAGAAGAGUAGUCAAGGAGGAAACAUGUGCAUCAAACAUGGAGGUGGCAAGCGUUGUAAAUACCCAGGCUGUGACAAGGCCGCGCAGACCAACGCACUGUGCAAGGCGCAUGGCGGAGGACCACGCUGUCAGUUCCCUGGCUGUACGAAGAGCUCCCAAGGCGGCGGAUUUUGUCGUGCCCACGGAGGUGGUAAGCGUUGCGCAGCUCAAGGAUGCAACAAAGGGACGCAGCGUGGAGACUUCUGUGCGCUGCACGGAGGCUCUCGAUUCUGCGAAAUCCCAGGCUGUAUGCGCAACGACCGCGGCGGGGGCUUUUGUGCGCACCACGGUGGGGGUAAGCGGUGUAGCGUCUCAAACUGCAACCGCUCGUGCAGGCGCAAUGGUCUGUGCUCGACGCACCUUCGUCUGCUAGGACACGAGGCCGACGACAAGGUCGCCAAUGCCCCCACGCCGGCUGCGAUCUCGGCCGCCAUGUCAAUCAGCAUGGAUGUGUCGUCUGUUUAACCAGUCUUGCACCUCAUUGUUGAAAUCUCAAGAAUCGUGACUGCAAGUAUCCACGUAGUAAUUAUGGACUUGGAAUUAUUAAUGGCCAGCUGAACACUAUCGUGCUGUUAAAAUAAAAUUAGAUGGAGCACGCUAGCAGUAAAAUAUAGCGUGCUGAAGUAUUGUUCAUCCCUGCGAAUUUCUAGAAUGACUUCCGGACCACAAAAUUGUACACCGAAAAGAUCGUGUUGAAGUUUCAAAUUUAACUUCAACUAAUUGGAUAUCGUAAUGU